CAUGAGUCAUAAUACAACUAGUAGCUUCGAUACUUGUGUUAUAGUGUGUGAGUGCUAAGGUAGAUAGAGAGUGAUAGCGUAGCUGGUACUAGCUAGCUAGUACUAACACUAGAUAGAAAGAUGGACCAAUUGCCGAGUCCGUCUGCGUCUAAAUCAAGUAUGUUUUUCAAGAAGAUCAAGCCUUAUUUGGCUAUGGUAUCCCUACAGUUUGGAUAUGCAGGCAUGUAUAUUAUUAGCAUGGUCUCGUUUAAGCAUGGCAUGAGUCACUUUGUCUUGUCAGUCUACCGUCACGUUGUUGCCUUCUGUGUCAUUGCACCCUUCGCGUUUGUUCUUGAGAGGAAGAUACGGCCAAAAAUGACUCUCCCCAUAUUCCUCAGAAUUGUGUUGCUUGGAUUUCUUGAGCCAGUUCUUGACCAGAAUUUAUACUUUCUGGGAAUGAAGUACACCACAGCAACAUUUGCAUCUGCAGUUGUUAAUGUCCUUCCUGCCAUCACCUUUAUACUGGCAAUUUGUUUCAGGUUAGAGACUGUGAACGUCAAGAAGCUACACAGCCUGGCCAAGGUCGUCGGAACGGUGGUCACCUUGUCUGGAGCAAUGAUCAUGACUCUGUACAAAGGCCCCAUUAUUGAUAUUGUAAGAGGACACUCAAACAGCACCCAAAGUAGCAGCACCGAGUCAAGCGAUCAGCAUUGGAUCGCUGGCCCCUUGAUGCUCAUAGCCAGCUGCGGCGGUUGGGCAAGUUUCUUCAUUCUACAAUCGUUCACGUUGAAGAAGUACCCAGCUCAGUUGUCUCUCACAGCCUGGAUAUGUGUAAUGGGUGUGUUGGAGGGUGGAGUAGUGACACUUGUGAUGGAACGCAAAAUGAGCGUUUGGGUUAUAGGCUGGGACUCCAGGCUUCUUGCUUCUGUUUAUUCUGGAGUGAUUUGUUCUGGACUUGCAUAUUAUGUGCAAGGCGUUGUGAAUAGAGAACGAGGCCCCGUCUUCGUGACAUCUUUCAGCCCUCUUUGCAUGAUCAUCACCGCUGUUCUGGGUGCCAUCGUUUUAGCUGAGCAAGUCCACCUUGGAAGUAUACUCGGAGCUAUUCUCAUUGUGUUCGGACUCUACACCGUGGUUUGGGGCAAAAGCAAAGACCCUCUGGCCUUGGAUGAGCCAUUGAAAGAUGAGAAAGGUGUUAACCAUGAACUCCCAGUCACUGCUGCAGAUAAUAGCAUCAAGGGACGUACCUGAUCAGAAGCUUCCAUUUCCGAUAUAAUUCGAAUUUAGAAGCACAGGAAUAUAUCAUAAAAGAUAUAUAAAUAUGUGUCUGUUCUGAUUCGAGAUUAGGCUAUAGCAGCUGAGUCAUUUUGCAUUACGUACUUACAUGGAAGAUUAUGUCCACAAUAAUCUUUCUGGGAAUGAAAUGAGGCUCCUUAAUUAAUAUGUCAGAUUGCAGUUAUCUAGAUGCAUGUAACUUUUGACUUUUUGAGAUAAGUUAUGUACUACGUUUGUCUACGUUUUACUCUAUA